AUGACAGCAUCCUACCCUCGCCCGGACUUCCAACGCACUUCUCUAAACUGGAACACCCUAAAUGGUCCCUGGACCUUCACCUUCGACGACAAAGACGAAGGCCUAAUCUCACAAUGGCAAAAGACCAGCCUGGAAGGAAUACCUUCCCACCAGAUAACAGUUCCAUACGCCUUCCAAACCCCAGCCUCGGGGGUAAACCUCAUCGAAGCGCACGAGGUAAUGUGGUACGAGCGGCGCAUCAUAGACAUCCGCACAGCCAAUGAAAAGCAAAAAGGCAAUAGACUACUCCUCCGCUUCGGCGCUGUCGAUUAUGAGUGCUCUGUCUGGGUGGACGGCGUCCUCGUCGGCGGACACCGUGGCGGUCAUGUGCCAUUCGAUAUAGAUAUCUCGGACGUCAUCGCCGACGGCGCUACAGAAGCCCGUCUCACUCUCCGGGCUAGAGACUCGCCUUAUGACAUGACCCAGCCGCGUGGCAAGCAGUUCUGGGGCCCUGUUCCGGAAAGUAUCUUCUACACGCCUACCGGCGGCAUCUGGCAAUCUGUUUGGUUGGAGAGCGUCCCGGCUAUGCGGCUGCUAUGUGGGAGUGGAGGGACGGUGAUUCGUUCUGAUGAUAUUGAGGGCGGGAAGUUACAUGCAAAGGUUCAAGUUGCCGGACGCCGCGUUGGAAGUGCGGCGAAGGUCGAGGUUGAGGUUUCACUUGGGGGGCUAGGUAUUGCAAAGGUGCACGGCGAGCUGCCGCGGGAUAAAACCUUCGUUGCGCUUGAUUUGAGUAUGACGGUUACUGAAGCUGUGGUGGCACAGCUGAAGACGAAGAAUCAGAAGCUGUUCGGUGUUGAUGGAGUCUGGAGUCGGGGUGUCGCGCUCUGGGCUCCGGAGCAUCCUGUUCUCUAUGAUAUUACGCUUCGCCUGUUUGAUGGGGCCGGGGGUCUUGUCGAUGAAGUCCAGACUACGACCGGCAUGCGCAGUCUAAACUGGCAAAAUGGCGAUGGAACGUUCCAGCUGAAUGGGAAGCCGUAUUUCCAGAUGUUAUUCCUGGACCAGGGCUACUGGCCCGAAACGGGCUUGACACCUCCGUCUUCAGAGGCCUUGAAGACGGACAUCGAGCUAGCGCAGAAACUAGGCUUCAAUGGAUGCCGCAAGCACCAGAAAGUCGAAGAUCCGCGCUUCUACUACUGGGCGGACCGGAUGGGCUUCCUCGUCUGGGGCGAGAUGGCAAAUGCCUACGAGUUCGACACUGACUACGUUGAGCGGUUUACCAGCGAGUGGAUCGAAGCCGUGAAGAGGGAUAUCAACCACCCAUCGCUGAUCACCUGGACACCACUUAAUGAGUCGUGGGGUGUAUCCGAUUUGAAACACAAUGUCGAGCAGCGCAACCACGUUCGCGCUCUGUAUUUCAUGACCAAAGUCCUCGAUCCUAGCAGACCAAUCAACGACAACUGCGGCUGGGAACACGUCCAAACAGACCUAACAACCUUCCACGACUACGGCGACUCAACCGACCUAGGCGCCGCAUGCGCCACCAUGACAGCGAUCCUCGAGCUGAAAGGUGGACAUGAGGUCUUCACCAAACCAAUAUCCUUAUACGCCGGCUCUCUGAUCGUCGACAAAGGCGCUCAGCAUACGCCCGGCGCACCGGUGAUCUGCUCUGAAUUCGGCGGUGUUAACAUCGCACCACCUAAGGACUCUCCUGCCGCCGGGGAGCGGGACUGGGGGUAUACGACUGCGACCGACCCGGCAGACUUCUUGGUGCGAUUUAAGAAGCUGGUUAUGGCAGUUGUGCAACCGGGGCAUAUUUGUGGGCUUGUCUGGACCCAGCUGUGUGAUGUCGAGCAGGAGGUGAAUGGCCUGUACACCUUCGAUCGCGAGGAGAAGGUUCCCGCAGAGAAGGUGAAGGAGAUUAUGGAUGCUGCGAAGGAUCACUACUACCGUCAUACCACUUCUCACUCGAAGGGGUUUAGGAAGCUACUGGAUCAGACUAAGCAUUUUGUGAAUCUUUAG